GAUCACAACACUAAUGUAUUAACAACUGUAUUUACAUCUCAUCUAUGGAAACAACGCCGCGCCGUCCUGUUGGUCGGCUGCAUGGCUGUACUGAUUACUGAACACGCUGGCUGGGCCUUUAGAUAUUCACUUGUCCCAUUGCAGAACGCAAGCCGCUGUUGUGAGCAUACUUGCUGCAUCCGCUCUCUUCGCUCUCAAGAAAGUCGGACGUUGAUGCCAUGGCCGUGUCGAGAGUGCAUGACAAGUCAAACCUCCAUCGGCUGUCCCUGCCCGUGGGUGAGGGAUACCGCUGAAGGCGCGAAACGCGCUCCUUGCUCGGGGUACAUGUUGGGGAGUAUGAGUCUUGACGGAGAAGCUGUCUUCCUCGCAGAGGAAAAUCUUCCGAAUGGUAAGAAGAUCCCAUACAUGAAACGAUAGCGAAGGAAAUGAGAACGAAGAGGAUCAACUGGAGCCUUUGGUACAUCUUGCAGAAAGGGUACUUGAGAAUUUGGAAGAAAGAAGGAAAGUAUGGAGGAGGAAGGAGACUGGAGGAACGAAGAGAGUCUGAGGAGGAUGAAUAGAGUGGCGGAGAAGCUCAAGGAUAGACGGCAGCAGGAGGAGGAAGAGAUACGGACAGACGAAGAUGUCAGGCAAAAACUGCGAU